AUGUCAAAUCCUGAGGAUAUCCUGGAAGGCGAACCGCCCGUCAUUGAUCCAUAUGAAGUUCUGAACCUCGAACGAACGGCAUCCAGUGAUGAUGUGAAGAAGGCUUAUCGCAAAGCUGCAUUGAAGCACCACCCGGACAAGGCACCCGAAGACCAAAAAGAAAAGGCCCACGAGGCCUUCCAGUCCGUUGCUUUCGCUUACGCUAUUCUUUCGGACCCUGCACGGCGGAAACGAUACGACCAGACGGGCUCAACAUCAGAGUCCAUCGUUGAUUCUGAUGGCUUCGACUGGAGCGACUUCUAUCGCGAACAAUUCAAAGACUCGAUUUCCGCCGAUGCGAUCGAAAAAUUUGCAAAGCAAUACAAGGGAUCCGAUGAGGAGAAAGAUGACCUUCUCAACGCAUACGAACAGUCCGAAGGAAAUAUGGAUGGCAUCUACGAAUCAGUGAUUCUCAGCGAUGUGCUGGAGGAUGAUGAGCGAUUCCGCCAAAUUAUAGACCAGGCGAUACAAGACGAACGGGUCCCAAAUUUCUCAGCCUACUCCAAAGAAUCGAAGAGAAAACGCGAGGCCCGUGUUAGGAGAGCCAAGGCUGAGGCGGAAUCAGAAGCUAAGGAGGCCGAGGAGUAUGCUAAGGAACUUGGAGUCCAUGAUAAGCUCUUUGGCAAGAAGAAGGGCAAGAAAGGAAAAGGAAGUUCAGAGGAUGACCUUGCCGCGUUGAUUCUCAAGCGGCAGCAGGACAGAUCUUCUGAUAAUUUUCUCGACCGCCUUGCGGAGAAGUAUGCCGCACCAAGCAAGGGGAAGAAGGGAAAGAAGCGUGCGCUUCCCGAUGAGCCACCCGAGGAAGCCUUCCAGGCUGUUGGUGCAAGGCAACAGUCGGCGAAAGCAGCGAGGGAAAAAUCAGGAUCCAGUUCCCGGACUAAGAGGGCAAGGUCAUGA